AUGGAAAACCAGUCUGCUAGUGAGCCAUCCAGACCAGGUUUUGUCCUGGCUGACUAUGUGGUCUUUGCUGCCAUGUUGUUGGUUUCUAUGGCGAUAGGACUUUUCCAGGGCCUGAAGAGGAGGCCAAUGGAUGCCACUGCUGAUGACUUCUUCACUGGGGGCCGAAGCAUGCCAGUGAUUCCUGUCGGGCUGUCGCUGUGUGCCAGUUUUAUGUCAGCAGUCCAGGUUCUUGGUGUUCCUGCUGAAGGUUUUCGCUACGGCUUUAAAUUCGUCUACAUGUGCCUCGGGCAAAGCAUCAACUCCCUCCUGACAGCUUACCUGUUCCUGCCAGUUUUCUUUCGACUGGGUAUCACCAGCACCAAUCAGUACCUGAAGAUGAGAUUUGGCAGAGGGAUGCAGCUGCUGGGGAGCGUCCAGUUUCUCACUGCCACGCUGCUUUACACUGGGAUUGUCAUCUAUGCACCGGCCUUAAUCCUCAAUCAAGCUACUGGACUCAAUUUAUGGACAUCCCUUUUUUCUACUGGGUUCAUCUGCACCUUGUACACCACGCUGGGUGGAAUGAAAGCUGUGAUCUGGACUGAUGUAUUCCAGAUUGUUGUCAUGUUGUCGGGCUUUGUGGCCAUUUACGUCCAGGGCACAAUUCUGGUUGGUGGUCCUGCACAAGUACUGGCGAUCGCAAACAACGGAUCCCGUAUUAAUUUUCACGAUUUUAGCUUUGAUCCACGACGGCGGUACACCUUCUGGAGCCUCUCUGUUGGGGGUGCAUUGGUUUGGCUGUCCAUGUAUGGAGUAAACCAAGCACAAGUCCAGCGAUAUAUCUCCUGCCGAACAGAGAGAGCUGCCCAGUGGGCUCUGUUUGUGAACCAAAUGGGUCUGUGCCUCAUUGUGAGCAGUGCAGCAGCCUGCGGCAUCGUCAUGUUUGCUUUUUACAGCAACUGUGAUCCACUGAAGGCUGGGAAGAUUUCUGCACCUGAUCUGCUUAUGCCGUACUUUGUGUUGGAAAUAUUCGAAAGUCACCCUGGCUUCCCAGGUCUUUUCCUUGCCUGUGCAUACAGCGGGACUUUGAGUACGGCUUCCACAAGUAUCAAUGCCAUGGCCGCAGUGACGAUGGAGGAUCUGCUGCACCCCCAUCUGCUCCACAUGACACAGAAGAAACUGAUGCUGGUUUCCAGAGGACUAUCAUUCCUGUAUGGAGCUGGUUGCAUCACAGUUGCUGCUCUGUCCUCCUUCCUGGACUGGGGAGUUCUUCAGGGAUCAUUUACUGUCAUGGGUGUGGUCAGUGGCCCAUUACUGGGAGUGUUCAUUUUGGGAAUAUUUUUCCCAGCAGCAAACAGGCUGGGGGCGUAUUCAGGGAUAUUAGCUGGCUUCUGUGUCUCUAUGUGGCUAGCGGUAGGUUCAACUCUAUAUCCACCCAGUGAGGAGACCAUGGGUGUCCUGCCCAGCUUAGCAGGUGACUGUAAAUCCAUUAACAUCACCCUGAGCAACAGACCUAUCCAGGACCAACAUUCUGUCUCCAUCCCACUUCGCCCAAAUAACGAGGGGGGCCUGUUGAACUUCUACGCCAUGUCCUACCUCUACUUCGGUGCCAUGGCAACUAGUUCAGUUGUACUUGUCGGUCUGAUAGUGAGCUAUGCAACAGGCCCAACAAAGAGGGAACAUAUUAAAGAGGGUUUGUUGUGGUGGGACCUGAAAAAGAAGAAAGUGGAAGAUCCGGCAAAACACAGAGGAGACAAAGUAUCAGAAGAACCACAGUUUGUGCCUUUGAUGAAGCUGAACAAACCUGAGGCAUGAAGUGAAAGGGGAACUAUGGGUCGACAGGAAUAUUAAAUUACUGCAUAGUUUAUAGCUGUUAGAAUGCUAUUUAUCUCACACAGAGCACAUACCGGUGGCAUAUUUUCUCUACCAGAACUAAUAACUUUUGGGCUUUUCAUUUCCAAAGUUUUGGUCUCUGCAUCUUUUGGUUCUAAGUCUGUUUCACAUUUGUCAUAUUUAGGCCUUUAUUACUGUGCCAGUGAAGUAUAAGCACAGACUACAAUCAAAGACUCUCAGAGGUGAUGAAAGGCUCUUUCAUGGAAACAUUCAUUCUGGUAUGUUCCAUAUCCCUAACAAUGCACACCUGUACUUCAAUCAGCAUUAACUGAUACAUGGGCAGGAACACGGAGUCUGAUCUGUGUGCACAUUACCUGUAAUUCAACCCUUGCUUCCUCAUUCAGCAGUCAAGCGUUUACUGAUAUUAGCCUAAAACUUCCCCCUAAGCUUUAUUGGCUUACAAGUUAUGGCUUUCUAUUUAACUGUGCGCUGCAGAAAAAAAAUAUUUUAAAAAAGCAGCCAAGAUCC